AUGCGCCCCCAGCACAGGACCCAGCACCCAGCAGGUGACACGGGGGUGCCCCAGGUGACAGGUGCCCCCGCCCGGCCCGGCUGCCCGUGCAUCAUCACCUGCAUCGUCAUCGCUGUCACCGGCCCGGACACCUUCGAGCGCGUGUUCGUGUCCCCGGGGCUCCGCGGGGUCCCCUGGUACGUGAUGGCCGGGAACCACGACCACGCCGGCAACGUCACGGCGCAGCUGCGCUACAGCCACCACUCGCCACGCUGGCACUUCCCGCACCCCUACUACAGCCUGCGGCUUCACAUCCCCGGCUCCAACUCCUCGGCGCGGCUGCUGGUGCUGGACACGGUGCUGCUCUGCGGCCACACCGACGAUUUCGGCCUCGGGGACGUCCCCGCGGGUCCCCGGGACGCGGUGGCAGCCGGGGCUCACCUGGCCUGGCUGCGGGCACAGCUGGAAGCGGCCGCCGGGGACAGGUUCGUGCUGGUGGCCGGCCACUACCCGGUGUGGUCGGUGGCCAAGCACGGCCCCACGCCGUGUCUGCUGCGGCUGCUGCGGCCGCUGCUGCGGCGCCACCGCGUCACCGCUUACCUGUGCGGCCACGACCACAACCUGCAGUACCUGGAGGAGGGGGGUGUGAGUUACAUCCUGAGCGGUGCCGGGAAUUUCAUGGAGGAUUCCCGGCCCCACGACGGCUCCGUGCCCCCCGGUUCCCUCCGGUUCUUCUUCGGGAGCCCCACGAGCCCCGGCGGCUUCGCCCACCUGCGCCUGGAGCCCAGCGCGGUCACUGUCACCUUCCUGGAGGCCACCGGGCGCGUCCUGCACCGUGUGACGCUGCCCCCCCGGCACGUCUGAGCCCCGGGGACAACUGGGACAACUGGGGACACUGGGACCCCAUUCCUGGGGACACCCCCUGACCUCUGAAUCCCCCCAGGGGACACCG